AUUAUUGUUACGCCCCUUCCGUCGUGUCAAAAGUGCGUUUGCAAGUUUUAUUACAUUUGUUUUACAAUUUUUAGACUUUAGAAGUAGAUUUUUGCAAUUAUUUAACGUCGGGUGUUACAAAUAAAAAGGAUUUUCUCAAUCAGAGUGUAGUUAAAUUAUAACAGAAGUGCUUAUAAGCAGCCAAGAUGACCGAUUCAAAGUAUUUCACGACGACAAAGAAGGGCGAGAUAUUUGAGCUCAAAUCUGAGCUAAACAGUGAUAAAAAGGAAAAAAAGAAGGAGGCGGUGAAAAAAGUUAUCGCGUCAAUGACAGUCGGUAAAGAUGUCUCCGCUCUAUUCCCCGACGUGGUGAACUGCAUGCAGACCGACAACCUCGAGCUGAAGAAGCUGGUCUACUUGUAUCUGAUGAACUAUGCCAAGUCUCAGCCGGACAUGGCUAUUAUGGCCGUUAAUACUUUUGUCAAGGACUGCGAGGACUCGAACCCAUUGAUCAGGGCUCUGGCCGUCCGGACCAUGGGCUGUAUCCGUGUGGACAAGAUCACUGAAUACCUGUGUGAACCGCUGCGGAAGUGCUUGAAAGAUGAAGACCCGUAUGUAAGGAAGACUGCUGCGGUCUGCGUUGCUAAGCUGUAUGAUAUUUCUUCGAGCAUGGUGGAAGAUCAGGGCUUCUUAGACCAGCUGAAGGAUUUACUGAGUGACUCCAACCCUAUGGUGGUCGCGAACGCCGUUGCCGCUCUCUCGGAGAUCAAUGAAGCUAGCGUGUCGGGACAACCUCUUGUUGAGAUGAACGCGCCGACCAUAAACAAGCUAUUGACAGCGCUCAACGAAUGCACGGAGUGGGGACAAGUGUUUAUAUUAGACGCCCUGUCUAACUACUCGCCGAGAGAUGCGAGGGAAGCUCAUUCUAUUUGUGAGAGAAUCACCCCCAGGCUUGCUCAUGCUAAUGCUGCAGUUGUGCUGUCCGCUGUUAAGGUGCUGAUGAAGCUGAUGGAGAUGGUGUCGGAGGACACGGAGCUGGUGAGCACGCUGUCGCGCAAGCUGGCGCCGCCGCUCGUGACGCUGCUGAGCGCCGAGCCCGAGGUGCAGUACGUGGCGCUCAGGAACAUCAACCUCGUCGUGCAGAAGCGCCCCGACAUACUCAAGCAUGAGAUGAAGGUGUUCUUCGUGAAAUACAACGACCCUAUCUACGUGAAACUCGAGAAGCUAGACAUUAUGAUCCGGCUGGCCUCGCAGGCGAACAUCGCUCAAGUGCUCGGCGAGCUCAAGGAGUACGCUACGGAGGUGGAUGUGGACUUCGUUAGAAAGGCUGUGAGGGCUAUUGGUAGAUGUGCUAUUAAGGUGGAACCAUCAGCCGAGCGUUGUGUAUCAACUCUUCUGGAACUCAUCCAAACCAAAGUGAACUACGUGGUACAAGAAGCCAUCGUGGUGAUCAAGGAUAUCUUCCGCAAGUACCCCAACAAGUACGAGAGCAUCAUCAGCACGCUGUGUGAGAACCUUGAUACCUUGGACGAGCCUGAAGCCAGGGCUUCCAUGGUAUGGAUAGUGGGCGAGUACGCGGAACGUAUCGACAACGCGGACGAGCUGCUCGACUCCUUCCUCGAGGGCUUCCACGACGAAAACGCACAGGUACAACUACAAUUGCUGACAGCGGUGGUAAAGCUGUUCCUCAAGCGGCCGGCAGACACGCAGGAGCUGGUGCAGCACGUGCUGAGCCUCGCCACACAGGACUCUGACAACCCUGACCUCAGGGACCGCGGUUUCAUCUACUGGCGUCUCCUCUCAACGGACCCGGCAGCUGCCAAGGAGGUAGUCCUGGCUGACAAACCCCUCAUCUCUGAGGAGACCGACCUUCUGGAGCCUACACUCUUGGAUGAGCUCAUCUGUCACAUCAGCUCGUUGGCCUCCGUGUACCAUAAGCCGCCCACCGCUUUUGUUGAAGGUCGCGGCGCGGGAGUGCGCAAGUCCCUCCCCGCGCGCGGCGCCGCCACGCACGACGACGCGGCGCCGCAGCCCACCGUCAUACCCAACCAGCUGCACGGGGAAUCCCUCAUCGGUGACCUGUUGUCUAUGGACAUCGGCGGUCCCCCUCCCGCCCCCGCACCUACCUCCAACCUGGACCUGUUGGCUGGCGGACUCGAUGUACUUUUGGGCGGCGGUCCCGAGCCGGCGACGACGUCGGGCACGACGGGUCUGCUGGGCGACAUCUUCGGCGUCAGCGCAGCGCCCGCCUCCUACGUGCCGCCCAAGCAGUGCUGGCUGCCCGCUGACAAGGGGAAAGGUCUGGAGAUCUGGGGUACGUUCAGCCGACAGAAUGGACAGCCGCGCAUGGAGAUGACGUUCACUAACAAGGCCAUGCAAGCCAUGAGCGGGUUCGCCAUACAACUUAACAAGAACAGUUUCGGCGUGUUCCCCGUGGGCGGGCUGAGCGUGGGCGCGGUGGGCGCGGGCGCGGCGGCCGACGCGCCGCUCGCGCUCGCCACCACCGGGCCCGUGCAGCGCAUGGACCCGCUCAACAACCUGCAGGUAGCGAUAAAGAACAACGUGGACGUAUUCUACUUCGCGUGCCUCAUCCCAGUUCACAUCCUCUUCACUGAAGACGGACAGCUAGACAAGCGAGUGUUCCUCACCACAUGGAAGGAAAUACCGGCCGCCAACGAGGUCCAGCACACACUCUCUAACGUCACUGGGACCGCUGACUCCAUCGCACAGAAAAUGACCUUGAAUAACAUCUACACUAUAGCUAAACGAAACGUUGAAGGUCAAGACAUGCUCUACCAGUCGCUAAAACUCACAAACAACAUUUGGGUGCUUCUAGAAUUAAAACUUCAGCCUGGCAACCCAGAAGCUACUCUCAGUCUAAAAUCCAGGACGGUCGAAGUCGCCUCUUGCAUAUUCCAAGCUUACGAAGCCAUUAUCAAGUCGUAAUCUCACACUACGUUAUAUAUAUAUGUUGGUCUAAGAUGUUAAAGUAUUCCUAUUGUAAGUUAUAAAGACUUGUAAUAUGUAAAUUCCAUUUAUUGAUGUAUGAAUGUUUAUCGCGAGAGUUUAGUCUUAUUCAAAUCAAAAAGCCUCAAAAUAUUUACGCAGCUGUACAAUCUGGAUUUUUAAUUUAAUUAAAAACUAGAAAGAAAUAAAAUGUAUAAUUUGUAUUCAGAGAUUAUCAAUGAAAUUAUGAAUUGUAUAAUAUUUAUGAAACUGCUGUAAAUGUGUGCGGCGUAUGUUCUAUAGUAUAGUAGCUGUCAUAGUUUGGUAAACAAACGAACACGCUAUAUUUAAGACGUUAUAAUAAAUUUACGUUAUACACAA